GAUGAAGCACUUCUCUACUAUGAACCCGAGAGGGAGGUUAUUUCGCGUAGUGGAGACGAGGCUGUUGUCGCUCUCUGUGAUCAGUGGUAUUUGGACUAUGGGAAUCAUGAAUGGAAAGAGCAGGCUAAAGAUGCUCUCAGUCGAAUGCAUCUUGUUGAUGAGGUAUAAUUUAUGUCUGCACUCCUGUUUUUCACUUCCCAAUAUAAUAUGUUUUUACUCAACAAUUUUUUGUAGAAAACCUGUCAAAAAAGUUUACAUAUUUUUCAACAGAUAG